AUGAAUGUGCUAAGCACUCCAAAGGAUUUAAGCCUAUUUGGAAAGAAAUUGCAAUCACAGUAUAUGAGAUAUACAGCUCAGAAGAUUUUUGGAUUCCAUGGGAUUUCUGAACAGCACAAUGGUUCUUUUGGUUGUUCCAUGAAGCACAAGAGAGCUGAUCAGGGAAUCGAAACGAUGAUGGAACCAAAGAAUGUUGCAAACCUAGGCACAUGCUAUGUUGGAAUAAUUUUUGCGCAUUCCCUUUGUUACCAACAUUCAAUAUUGCCCGAAAUGAAUUAUUAUUUCUUCCAUAUUGACAAACCAAGUUCUGAAUAUCCUGAAUACUUGUUUAAAAGCAGAAAUAGAAGUUUGAAAAAUGCUGCUGACUUGUUUCAUUCCCAUCAUUUCUAUGCUUCCGCCCCUACAUCAAUUAGCUUGAACAAAAACACAUGCCAUUUUAAUGGAUAUGAAAGCUUUUAA